CUCAUGCGGGCCGUUAUCGAUAAGGGCAGACCCUGGCGUUUAUCUACACGCUCAUACAAGUUUCUACUGUACAAUUCCUUCGUGUUAGUUGUCCCCGCGGCUACUGGGUUGGUUCACUAGAUUUUUCGCGCGGGGAAACUAAACAAAAGACGGAGACGAAAUCGGAAAGGCAAGCAACAAAUCAAACGGUUCAAACUAAUUAAUACUUUGUCGAAAAAAGAAUCGAAGUUCUAGCCCCGGGAUCUACUCUAAUUAUCUCGGCCACCGCGGAUCUUCCAGGUUGCUCCCUCUUCCGUGAAUACCCACCAUCUCCACGACAUCUCAGUGCAUAGAGUCUACUACAUUCAAGUUCACACCAGUAUGACUCGCACUGAGAAGAAAGUCGAGCUUACGUGCUGGCUACUGGACACAAGGAGCCUAUGGCCGGGCACGAAGAUAGCUGAAUCAGCCUCAGAAGCUCUACAGCUGAUCAGCCCGGAGGAGCGAGCAGCAUGUAUAAAGAAAUAUCACAUCGCGGAUGCGAAGAUGAGCCUCGCAUCCGCCCUGCUCAAACGACUCUUCGUAUCCAAAACCCUUGGGACCGCCUGGAAGGACAUCCGCUUCGGCCGCAAGCGUGAUCCCAAGCACGGGAAGCCGUGUGCACUUCUCCCAGACGGCAUCACGCCUGCGCCCGUGGAAUUCAACAUCAGUCACCAGGCGGGACUCGUCGCACUCAUAGGAUGCAAGCUCGAGCCCGAGGAUGUCUAUCCAAUUACCAUGAAGGAGAAAAUCCCGGAGAGCGUUGAUGUCGGCGUAGAUAUUGUCUGCGUGAAUGAACGAAACGACUACCGCAUGAUCGAUGAGGAAGGCGUGGAUGGAUGGGUUGAUAUGUAUGCCGAGAUCUUUAGCCAGCAGGAAUCUUUCGACAUGAAAUACAACAUCGAUCCUACCGGAUUUCCCCUUCUUGACGGGACCAUCGUCACGCCGGGGAUGCUCGGACGGUACGAUAGAUGCUGUCGACGAGAUCAGCAGCUUUCGGUCACGCUAGCAUCUGGAGAGCAGCGCAAGUUUAGUAGCGAUCUCUUGGUCGAUGCUAAGCUACGGCGUUUCUAUACGUACUGGUGCUUCAAGGAGGCAUACAUCAAGCUAGACGGUGAAGCACUCCUCGCAAACUGGAUCAAAGAACUCGAAUUCCGUAACGUGAGAAGCCCGCGUCCCGGCGUACCCGCUCGAUGCAGUACCCUGGGCAGCUGGGGCGAGACGGUUGGAGACACGGAGGUUUGGUUGAAGGGGAAGAGGUUGUCAGACGUUCGAAUGGAGAUUCAGGCAUUUGAGGAGAACUUCAUGGUGGGAGUUGCGGUUAAGCCGGCUCACAGGAUGCCAGAUAUUUUGACAGGCUUCAAGUCACUGCAUCUUGAGGGGGAUAUCAUGGAUUUUGCACGAUAUGCGUAAUAUAUAUAUAAUGAUAAUGAAGGGGAGUUAGCAGUAACAUACAUAAUGAUUGCGUAUACAGAUGUUAAGCAGGUCAGCCUGGAUCUUUAAUAAUAUGAUGUAGCCAGUUCGAGGCGGUGGGAGGCAGCCAGAGCCGACUUCUUCUGUGGCUUGCGUGUAUCUGCUACUGAUCACAUCGACAUCCCAAGUCCGGAAUAGACGCACAAGCUCGAGCGAUGACGUGUGGAUUACUGGAACUCGAUCUCGGAGAAUGGUUCGAUGAGCGAGUCGAUUCUCUGCUCUAUGUGUUGUGAGGUAAACCUCUGCCAG